AUGUAUUUUUAUCAUCUGCUCUCCUCCUUUCGAUCUAGAAAGUGGCCACAAAUUGAGGAAAGCGAUAUUUCUGUUGUGGCUCACCAUUACCUACCUAUGUCAUCAUUAUUAUUUCCAGUAAAUGCAAUGGUAGAGAAGGAGGAGGGAGACUAUCAUUUCGGCAUAUAUUACAUUGGUGACAUUGGUCAUGACAACGUCAUCCGUGUAGCAGUGCUCCAUCUUCACCUGCUUCCUUACAUUUACGAUGACUAUGAAAUUCGUGAGGACCGAUGUCAUUACGUCAUGGAAAUGAACUUUCUCAUGGAGGAAUAA